AUGCCUGCUAUGACAACGGCUAGCGUCGAAUAUAUAUACCAAGCCAACGGGCCCGACUCGCCGACUCAAGUCGCUGCCCUCGGCAACCCCAUCAAUGGCCAGCAUCAACAACAAGACUACAGGUCGCGAUCGAAUUCGAAGAAACUCACCCAGUCCUUUGGAAAACUGUUCUCGUUUGGAUCUGGUGAGCCUUCUGAGAGCCCAGCGUUAAUUUCGCCUACUCUUAAUCCGGAAGUUACGCCGAAUAACGAGAUAGACCACCUGGACCACAGUGAAGAUCCUUCGAUAGUCCACACGAAAAAGCUUGCAAAACUGAAGAAUUUGUUCAAGUUUAACUCUAAUACGAACACCCCGGACCCGGAAGAGGACUUGGACAGUUCUGCAGGAGUUACAGAGAAUGAGUCGGAUUUUGUGACCUCGGGAACAGUCAGAAGUCCUGCUUCUCCCCAGGGAAUCAUGGACAAACUGCGCAGAAAGCGGUCGCCUUCAGCUGUAACCCCUCCCUUCAAGUCUCCUGAGCAAACCACGGUUGUCAAUUCUAACCCUUACUUCCAGUACCAAGGAUAUCCUCCCCAUAACCCAGGUUCGAUUGAAGAAUGCGAUCUGAGCGAGCAGCAGAACAUGCUGGUGGAAUCGGGCAUUUACAAUAUGAAAUUGAAACAUAACGACAGCAUAAACAAUUCGACCUCGUCUCUGAACAAGUUUGAGAAGCCGGUUGCGGUUGAGAAUCCAGCAACUUCUAUGCAGAAAAAGUUGAGAAGAGUGGCUUCAGCCCCUCUGGGACUGAAGGUUUUGAAUGAAAACGAGUUACCACCAAAUAGGAAUGAAUCUGUUGAUAGUGUUCAAGAGCACAUUGGUGAGCUCCACCUCCAGAGCCGCUCCCGAAACCAGUCUGUGGGCAGGACCUACUCCAGUAACUCUAUCAGAGUUUCCGAGGUCCAAGUGAGUCCUAACUCCUUUGAAAAGAUUAAGCUUCUUGGAAGAGGUGAUGUUGGAAAGGUCUAUCUGGUAAGGGAAAAGAAAACCAAGAAACUAUAUGCCAUGAAAAUUCUCAACAAAAAAGAGAUGAUUCAGCGAAACAAAAUCAAACGAGCCCUUGCUGAGCAGGAGAUUCUGGCCACCAGUAACCAUCCUUUCAUCGUGACUUUGUACCACUCGUUUCAGUCUGAGGACUAUCUCUAUCUGUGUAUGGAGUACUGUAUGGGAGGGGAGUUUUUCAGGGCCUUGCAAACGAGGAAGAUGAAAUGCAUACCUGAGAGCGACGCCAAGUUCUAUGCUGCUGAGGUGACUGCGGCCCUUGAGUAUCUGCACUUGAUGGGAUUUAUCUAUCGUGAUCUCAAGCCCGAGAACAUUCUUCUUCAUCAAUCUGGUCACAUCAUGCUUUCUGAUUUUGAUCUUUCCAAGCAAACGAAUUCUAACAAAGAGCCUGAGAUUGUGCUGACCAGUCGCAACAGCUCCUCGCAUCUGCCAACGGGUCUGGACACAAAGGCUUGCAUUGACGGGUUCAGAACUAACUCUUUUGUGGGCACUGAAGAGUAUAUUGCUCCUGAAGUGAUUAGGAAUAAAGGCCAUACAUCUGCUGUGGAUUGGUGGACCCUCGGUAUCUUCAUCUACGAGAUGAUAUUUGGAACCACGCCUUUCAAGGGCGCAACUCGGAACCAAACAUUCUCAAAUGUUCUGAAACACGAAGUGCAGUUUCCAGACCACUCAUCUUCCCAUUAUGCUUCAACUACCAGCAAUUGCAGGAAUGUGAUAAAAAAACUGCUCAUCAAAGACGAACUCAAAAGGCUGGGAAGCAAAAACGGAGCUGCUGAUAUCAAAGCACAUCCUUUCUUCAAAAAUACCCAAUGGGCUCUGCUAAGAAAUCAAAAGCCUCCCAUGAUACCGGUUUUCUCGGCAAAAAAGGACUCAGGAUCCCAUAGCAAGGACUCGAAGACGAGCGAGGUGGAAAGCCUUAGUUCCAGUACCAUACAAAGCACACACUCAAGCAAUAACGCACACAAUAAGACCAAGGACAAGCUGGAUUCUCAAGAACAUGACCCAUUUGAGUCUUUCAGCUCUGUCACUUUACAUCAUGGCUAUGACGAUAACGGCGAGGAAGGAAUAUACGAUAUAAACCUCUUUGGAGAUGUCUCCUACACUCUCACGGGUGCGGAAUUACCUGCGAAGUCAGACUCCAAGGGUUUUUUGAAGAGAUAG